CCCGUACUUGUCUAAAUCCUUGUCUACUCCUCUCCAACCAACUCUUCAUACAAAGUAGAUCAGCAGUUGUUUUACCAUCUUGAUCUGAGGAGCCACUGAGUAGAUGUAUGUUUAAUAGGUUGGAAUCCAAAUGCUCGUUGCUAUUACAAAACCUUUCUGUUUCCUGACUUUUCCUUUCCGGUGAUAUUUCUCUCUUGUUCAUACAUUUCUUAUCCCGUAACUUAGUCCCGAUAUAUUCUGAAUAUUGCCUUAUCCUUAUCGAAAUCCGUAAGGCUGUGGGAUGUGUAGGUAGUUUUAGGUACUAUUGGAUUCGCUCAUACACUCUCAUACGUCUGUCGUCCGUCCGUCGUAUCCGAAAGCUCCGAAUUGUUUAAUACCGAACCUUUACGCAGACGUCAUCGGUAUUUACUGGCUCCCUUCUAUCCUCGACAACAAACCGUGUGGUCUUACCUAUAUUCCUCCGAAGCCUCGUCCAGACUUGCUUAGAUAUCCAUUCCCGUCCCUCUCUUGAUUCUUCUCUCUUUUCAUGGCUUCUUCUCUGCGUCUGAUUAUCGAAGAUGGUCAAUUCCAAGAUGCACACGGAAGACACGUCUUGUUGAGGGGCAUCAAUGUCGCAGGCGACGCCAAGCUCCCCAGCGAACCCGACGUACCUUCUCAUGUUGUUCAAGACUUCUUCGACGGCGAUAACGUGAAAUUCCACAGUCGACCAUUUCGAAAAGAAGACGCGCAUAUACAUUUUUCACGACUCAAGCGUUUCGGCUAUAACACCAUUCGCUAUGUAUUCACAUGGGAGGCUAUCGAGGCAGCCGGUCCGGGAAAGUAUGAUGAGGUCUGGAUUCAGCACACGAUCGAGGUCCUACGGGCCGCUAAAGAAUACGGUUUCUAUAUAUUCAUGGACCCUCACCAGGAUGUGUGGUCGAGGUAUUGUGGCGGAUCUGGUGCCCCCAUGUGGACAGUAUAUGCCUGUGGAUUGAAUCCCCAAAGCUUCGCCGCUACCGAGGCCGCGUUGGUUCAUAAUACAUAUCCCGAGCCCGAUAAAUUUCCCAAGAUGAUCUGGUCCACCAACUAUGUCCGACUUGCGGCAGCGACGAUAUUUACGCUUUUUUUCGCUGGUCGAGAUUUUGCCCCUAAAUGCAUAAUAGACGGCGUAAAUAUUCAAGAUUAUCUACAAGGCCAUUUCAUACGAGCUUGCGAACAUCUUGCGCGACGCAUACAUGAGGCUGGAGAUAUUGAGAAUGACAUUGUCUUCGGAUGGGAGAGUCUAAACGAACCGAAUAGAGGAUUGAUUGGGCACGUUGACUUGAGUGUUAUACCAAAGGAGCAGAAUCUGAAAAAGGGCACGUGCCCAACAGUUUGGCAAGCUCUCUUGACCGGUUCUGGACGGGCAUGUGAAGUUGAUACGUGGGAUAUGGGAGGUCUUGGUCCCUACAAGGUCGGGCGUGCUCUAAUCGAUCCCCACGGCGAGAUAGCUUGGUUACCAGAAGAUUACGAUGAGUCCCGAUACGGUUGGAAACGGGAUCCUGGCUGGAAACUAGGCGAAUGUCUUUGGGCCCAGCACGGCGUAUGGGAUCCCUCUCAAGACCUACUGUUGCUGAAGAAUUACUUUGAGAAGCACCCAACCAGCGGCGACAAGCUUGACUAUCAUACCUUUACUAACACGUACUUCAUGGAGUUUUAUCGGAAGUAUCGGGAUGCUAUCCGAGCGAUUCACAAGGACGCGAUUAUGCUAUGUCAACCUCCGACCCUAGAAUUACCACCAAGUAUCAAAGGUACGGCGGAUGACGACCCGAGAAUGGUUUACGCACCGCACUACUACGACGGUAUUACUCUCAUGACUAAGAAAUGGAAUCGGACGUGGAAUGUUGAUGUCAUGGGUAUCCUCCGUGGUCGUUACUGGCACCCAGCUUUUGCUAUCAAGGUUGGAGAGACAGCCAUUCGAAAUUGCUUCAAGGACCAAUUGGCAUCUAUGAGGAAAGAAGGCUUGGACUACAUGGGUAACCAUCCAUGCAUUUUAACCGAGUUCGGUAUUCCAUAUGACAUGGAUGAUAAAUAUGCGUAUAAGACUGGAGAUUAUUCGAGCCAGUCUGCAGCUAUGGAUGCGAACCACUUUGCCGUAGAGGGUGCAGCGAUGGAAGGAUAUACACUAUGGCUAUACUGUGCUAUUAACGACCACCAGCGCGGAGACCAGUGGAAUGGAGAAGAUUUAUCUAUUUUUUCUGUUGAUGACCAGACCCUGCCAGUUUCCUCCGUACCUCGAACACCUGACUUUAACCAAUCGACAUCGAGUCUAUUGAAAUCGGUCACGGGCGGUAGUAGGAAAGAAGUUGAGGAUGAGACUACUGUCACGCCUGGUAACUUGAAGCGUACCUUAACAAACCCGUCUAUAUCGUCAUCUUCACCACCGAGUACAAACCCCGAAUUGACCAAUGCACCUGGCUACCGGGCUGCGGAGGCGUAUGUUCGACCUGCACCGAUAGCUACGAAUGGACCCAUAAUAAACUACGGGUUUGACUUAAAGAAUUGCGAGUUUGCGUUGAACAUCGACGGAAAAGCUGCACCUUCUGAUUUCCCUACAACAGUGUUUUUACCUGAUUAUCAUUUUCCCAAAGAACAAUGCACGGUAGUGGUUAGUUCAGGUAAAUGGGAGAUCAGCACUGAUGAUGACGAACGCUCCUGGAUCCAAAAACUACGGUGGUGGCAUGGCGAGGGAAAACAGAGUCUUAGAGUGACUGGUUUAAUACGGCCACACAACGCUUUGGCUGGCACAGCCGAGGAGGCUGGAUACCUGGAGCAAUGUCAAGAAUCCUAUGGAUUUGACGCCAAGUCUUGUAGCGUGAUGUAAUCAGCGCUGGAGGGGUUUUGAGGGUGUAUAUGCUUUAAGCUGCCUAAUGUCCACCUGCUUCGUAAGUUUUGGUGUGCUUGGAGCCAAAUACCUUGAGAAGGCUUGUUUUGGCCGUAAGAAUACCGUGAGAAUAGCGGCAAGGAUGUUGAAGAGCGUAGGUUGCACGAUCUAUAAUAACGGGCAGAUAAGAUGAGUAUUAUUAAUCAAGAUGCAUUCGACUGCAUGUCUCUGGACAUUUCUAAUUUGUACAACACCGAUGAUCCUGCAAGGCACAUCAGGUACCUUUCAUUUUAUCAGCCAAGAUUGGGUAUUAAAUCGGCCCCCAAGGGCACACUUUAGACAUGGGUGGACAAGGGUGGACAUGGGUAUCAUGUAGGCAUGUGUAAAGGCGUGUGUAUUUUGGGGGCCAACAGAAAAGAAAACUAGCAAUAAGAUAUUUGAUUGGUGAUAGUAAUAGAGAGAGGCUCAUGCAAGGAAGACUGCUUCGAAUUUUGACAA